CAUUGUCGUUCUAGUGACUAUUUGAAAGCGGUCUGACUCUUUAGGUAACUUCAUCAAGAAAUAGGUUAAAUGAUCUAGGUAUUACGUCAGGCUGCGUGGCUGGUGUCUUCAGGCUGCGCCAAUAUGUCACGGUUAGGCUACACGCCUACCUUGAGUGGAAUGAUCAAUUACUGCUUGGCUUAUCCUCGCCUAACCCUCCGCCUUGCCUACAAGAUUAUACUCAGGACAAGAUGAGCAAACAAUCACUAACAGCAAGUUUUCUGGCCGAUCCCCACAUAGCUGAUCUCUAUCAGCGGGCGACACAGGCACAGUUCCUUCGUUUGGCAGGCCAAGGCCGCCUGAGCCACCAGACACUCAGUGAGUGGCUAUCACAAGACAGACUAUAUGCUCAAGCCUAUGUCCGAUUCAUUGGUGGCUUGAUUUCCCGCGUCAUGCUCCCUAUCGAGGUUGAUAUAGCGGGCGCGGGCGCUGGUUUACAGUGGCGACUCCUUACGUUGCUGCAAGGAUGUCUGGCUGGCAUCAUGCGCGAGUUGCGAUUUUUUGAAGAGACUGCAGCUAGCUAUGGUCUUGAUUUGGCGGCCACGAGACCUGGCGAGCAUACAUUUGGUCCUAAUGCAACAACUAAGGCUUACAUGGAACUAUUCGACUCAUUCGCCGUUCAAUCUAGAGGAGACUCGCCGAGGACCCUGUUUGAUGGGUUGGUUGUCCUCUGGGCUACGGAAAAGGCUUACCUGACUGCUUGGAGCUACGCGCAGAAGAGCUCUGAUUCUCAAAACGAGAACUGGGAGAAAGAUCUUGACGGUGGCGCGCUACGUAAACAUUUCAUCCCUAAUUGGACUUCACGGCCAUUUCAGGAAUUUAUCGAGGAGAUCCAGGGAUGCUUGAAUGCGUAUGCGGAGAGCUCGCUAGGAGAAGAGAACGAGAAGGCUAGAUUCUCGGCGGCUGCGGCGAUGGUCAAGAAGGUUUUGGUUCUAGAGGAGGCUUUCUGGCCUGUAAUUCCUGUAGACGAUGGGAUCUAAUCGGUUGUAUUUCUUAACCCCGCCCUGCUUCAUUGGAGAUGGAGGUUAGCUUUUGUGACUUUGGCUCUUCAUUCCUCUCUCUCUUUAUCUGAGAAUUAUGCUAUGAUUAUGAUGAGUCAUACACUGGAAGAAUCGAUGACUUGGAGCUUCUUACAGUACACAUAUCCAGGUGCUCAACAAUCUUGUUAUAUACCACCUACACAAUAUAACUAAAUAUAACUGCAGGUGAUCAGACUAUAA